CUUAUGGCGUUUCAGGACUUUGAAAACUGACCGAAAAAGUGAUUGUGGAAAUGCAUUACGUGUAAAAUAGCUAGCUAGCUUAACUAGCUAAACAGUGAAGAUGAAGCUGUUAGGAAAAUGAGGACGAAAUGUCCGGCCGCAUGCAAGUCCGAAAGAAUCUAUAAGCAGGAAAACGUGAAUUAUGUUAGCGCUAAGAGCAAUUCUGUGCUGCUUGGGGAUAUUUAUGUUUGGUUUAGUUUAGAUGCUUUACCGCGAUGGCGCUGAAAAGAGAAACAAAGAGCGAAGCCGUAAUCGUAAUAUCGUUACGAUAUUCAGGAAGAGCAUGUCUACAUGAACAGGCGCGCUUGACUGUAACCAGCAGGAAUAGAGUGCGUGAAUGGAAUGAAUGAGCGGAUGUUUUGAUAUGAGCAACUGGAGCGAGAGUGGUAUUCUGGAGUAAAUAUGUCUGUGUCUUCCCUCUACCUCAAUCAAGACAAAACUGUGCGCUUCAAGAGGAGAAAAGCACGCUUCUCCUUCAGUGAAGUGCACAUACUGCUGGACGAAGUACGGAAGAAUCGCCACAUUCUUGUGGGUAAGUUUAACACCGGCAUUCCAUCUGACGUGAAGAAGAGGAAAUGGGCAGAGAUCACAGCACGUAUUAAUGAGAUUGGAGAGUGUGACAGAGAGAUCAUGGAGGUUGUAAAGAAAUGGUCAGAUCUCAAAUGUGACACAAGGCGUAAAGUGGCUGCCCUGCGGUCUGGUGGUAAUUUGUCCCUGUCCCAACGAUUGGCACGGUCCAAUAUUGAACUCUCCCCAACUGAAGUCAUAGUAGAAUCCAUCCUUGAAUUGGACAAGAAGCCGUGGGAAGCUUCCCAACGGGCCCCAAUUCGCAGUUACAGUGAUGGUCAAGAGGGUGGAGGUGAGGAUGAGGAAGAGGAAGAUGGGUCAUUGAUGGGGAUGGGAUCGGUCCACAGUUCGCCGGGUAGAGGAAUGGACUUUGGAGGGAUGCCUGCUGCAACGAGUGGAGCUGUGGGUGCUUCAGAAAUGCAGUAUGAUGGCUCCAAACCUGGAGAUUCCGAAUCCAACAUGGUAGACUCAGAGGAAGAUAACCAUGACCUCCUUCCAUCAUCCUCUAUGGCAUCUGUCUCUAACUCUCAUUCUGAGGAGGACAGAAUUGUAACUAGAGGCAAGGUUGGACACACUGCCUCAAAUAAAACAGCCUCAUCUUUCUCAGGGGUGGAGCCAGACAGUUCACGUGAGCAGUUAGCGCACAAUGCUAGCCUUAGCGUGCAAGAGCAGCACGCCACUAACACCCUUCUGUCCACCGUAUCCCGUUCACUUGAGAUUCUUGCACAGUCUGUGCAACAGCUAGCAGAAACACAGCAGGAGUUUGCACGUGAAUCACUGCAGCUACAGAGGGACACAGUGCUGGUGUUGCGUGAAUUUGCCUCUGGUGCACUGACGAUAUUGCAGGAAAAGCAGUUGGAGACAGAUCAGGAAAAUAGUCAGCGAAGUCAGACACCAUCCAGUACCCCAUCCAGUACCCCUGCCCUUAUCCCCCCUCCAUCUGUGCCUCAACCACGGACUCCUCUACAGCCAGAGACCCAACAACAGUCUGAUGCCCAGAAGUAACCACCACCACAGCCACAAACUGCCCCGCUCUUCCUCCUCUCAUCCUUCAACAUCACACACUUCUUGGCGGCAAAAAAAACCUCUAUCGCCCCUUGUGGUGUGAGGUUUGUAACCGCCAGAGCAAUUCAAGAGGGCACGUGAAGUAUGUACGACGGGACCACGCGUAGGCCAUGCGUUGGCCAAGCACUCGCCUCUACCUUCGUGUACUUGCGUGAAGUGUGUUUGGGCCUUAAGACGUAGGCUCUGCGUAGUGACCAACAUCAUGGUUUGCAUUUAUAGUUCUGCUGCCAAAAUGCUAGUGUAUUGAGAGAAAUGUUCUAGAAUACAACUGUGUCGCUCACAUACCAUAUAUAUAUAACAAACAAAAAAAGGCCCUGGGAAAAAAGCAUAGAGUUUAUAAGUUGUAAACAAAUGUGUCUUUUUGUGUCAUGUUUUCACUUUUAACUUCAUGAAACAUAAACAGAAUAUGAAAACAGCGAAAAACGAAACGAGUUCAAAUAAAAGGUGACUUGAUGUCUGAUCAAUUGAUACAAUGCAUAUACCUUAAAAUAACCCUGGAGAAAAUGCGCCGCUACUUCGGAUAUCUUUUUUUUGUCAUUCUUGGGGAAGGUCUCACAAAAUGUAUCGUGGUCUGCAUUAACAUGACACGUUACAUUUUUGGAGAGGGGCACGUCAGGCUGCGGAGUAGUUUCGAUGCAGAAGUAUAGAUCAGCCUUAAACGUGUGUGGCCUGAUUUUUCUAAUCACGCGUACUCCGAACAUGCAGUAUGCGAAUGCACCUGAGUGCAUGUGUAAGGAGGUUUGGAGAUACCUGCAUUUCUAUCCACCUUAUUUUGCAACGCGGAAGUAAGCAGCGGUUGCAUUUCCAGUGAAUGUGUGUGAGUUCUGCUGGCAUUGACCGCAGUGUAAAUAAAUAGAAGGAUAAUAAUACCAGUUAGUGAUCUGGGCUUAUAAACUAUCACACAACCACAGGAUAUACAGCAGAAUUAUGUGGCAAUGUCUGAUAAAUUCUAAUGUCAGCAUUUAUAGUAAAAGAGUAAGUAAAUCAUUCACUUGUUGCUGUGUGUUAUAUUGAAGAGACAGUAAUAAAAUCUGCUUCUUUAUUUACCGAGAUUGUGACGAUGCAGUCUUUCAUUUCUCCAUAUAAACCUCCAUUUAUAUGUACCAGUUUUGGUCCAAAGAAAGUUGAAGCAGUAUUUCCCUGGCAGAUUUUUGCUCUCGCUGGUUGUGUAUAGUUUGUGGAGCACUGUCCAUGUUAGCGCCUGAUUUCAUUCAUUCUGGCUGCGCAACAGUGUGUGAUGAAACGAUGGCAAAAUUCGAUAAACGGUAAAAAUAUAUGUGAUCAAAACCAAUGUGUUUAUGAAAAUCUUAAGUAAUGAUAUGUUAACAUAUAUUGCCAGCCUGUAAUCAAUAAUGUAGUAUUUUUGUAUAGCUAAAAUAGCUGCAAAUGGGUUAUACCGGAAGUGGUACACAUUCACGGUUGAUAAUGGUGGUGCUCUAAUUCCCUAAAAAAUAAGGUGGAUAAAGUCUGAACGAAUGUGUGUGCAUGAAGUCAAAUGAAGAAUAUUUUGAAAGGAUAGUGUUCGACUUUACGCAGACAGUCCUCGUCUGUGCACGUCGUCGGUACAUACACUUGUCUUUGUACUAAAAGAGUAUCAACAAGUUGUCUAACACAUUUGUAUUCAUUCGCGGACAAAGAGUAUACUUUGAAAGGCAACGCGGUUGACCAGGAUCCAAUACGGAACGCAGAAAAACGAAGUAUACCUGGACCUUAAGUGUUCGCGUCAAAACCAAAGUACUUUGUGCUUAACCUGUUAAAAGUUAGGACCUUCCUUUAAGUUAACUCAGAUGUGUGAAUUACACAGAUUUAUGUAAUUUGUAGUUUUUUUUAACGUCUAAUAAUGCAAGAAAAUAAUAAUCAUGUUUAUAAUCAUGUGGUCAGACAUGAUGAUGAUGUGAAAGGUUUUUAUGUAAAUGCAUCUCAAUAAUAAUGUAUGAAAUGUGUGUUUUAUUCACCUUCACUGGCACAUGAAAGAAAACAGGUGUAUACACAACUCUUAUGUAUACAUUUAUUGCAGCUCUGUUAGUUAAGAUGCUUCUGUGGAGUUUUGGUGUUCUGAAACUUUCAGAAACAGUAAGCACUACAUCUAUACGCAGUUUUAAGAUCUUAAUAUUUAAGACCAAUAAACAGUCUUAUAUUUUGUCUGUUUUGUAUGAUUUAAGUUACAUUCUUUUCCAAUGAAAUGUUCCAAUUUUAUUUUGAUGUUGAAUUUUCUUUUGAUAUACCAUGCACACGAAUCAAUAAAGUGUGAGGAAUUUACUGUAGGCAGAAUUGAUUAUUUUGAGCUGUUAAUGUUGUCACUAGAGGGCAGUGUGUCUUUUGAUUGAAACUUCAAAUUCCUAAUGUUCAUAAAAUAAUUAUUUCGUGUGUCUAUUCAGUGUCCUUGAAAUUCCUGCUCUGGUAGUUUGAUGUGUGUUUUUGGUUUAUGAAUGAAAUGGUUUACCGUGACUUCACAGAUGAGCCAGAUAUUUUAUAUUUCAUUUAAACAUUUUAAAUGCAAGUUUCUACUAGUAUAUUGUUUUCAAGAUUUGCCCAUGUUAUGCUCCUUUUGUGUACAAACAUUAAUGAAUUUUUUGUGCAUCUAUGUCUCUUGUGUAUAAAUACUGAACAUGGUCAGACAA